CUGCACCGGUGCGAUGACUUUUGCGUUUUCGUCUUGAACUUUGCCGUCGUGUCGAUUUUAGUUUUUUUCUUGGCCCGUGCUGCCAUUUACUAUAAAUUACUUCAUUUAAUUAGUUAAAAAGGCUAGUCGCUACACAUACAUACGUAAUCAUGGGACUGUUGCGGUCGAUUCGUGUGAGAAUCAUGAAUUUCAUGAUUUUCUUUCUAAUUAUUAUUUUGUUGCCGGGUCUGCCCCCACGCACAACUUUCCCCUACAAGGAUUUCAGCGUUGCCCCACCCAAAGAGCUAAAGGGCGCCCUAGAGUCCAACUUUCACUUGGAGGGCGCUGAGCGUCUGCUGGAGGGCCGAAUCUAUGGUCCAGAGUGCCUGCUCGUGCGAAACAAUGAGAUUUACACUGGCUUGCAUGGUGGUGAGAUCAUCAAGCUGACAUCCAACCACGUAACGCACGUAGCAAAGUUCGGGCAGCCAUGUGUUGACGUGUUCGAGGAGGCCACAUGUGGUCGCCCGCUGGGCAUGACAUUUGAUACACAAGGCAAUAACUUAAUCGUCGCCGAUGCCUACUAUGGCCUGUGGCUAGUUGAUCUAACCACGAACAAGAAGAAACUUUUGGUGUCGCCGGCUCAGGAGCUGCCUGGCAAGAGCAUCAAUCGUCGUGCAAAGACCUUCAAUUCGGUUGCCGUUAGCAAGGAGGGUGAAAUCUACUGGACCGAUUCUUCUUCAGACUUUACCAUUCAAGAUCUCGUAUUUGCCUCAUUCGCUAAUCCGUCUGGACGUCUUUUCAAAUACAAUCGAGCUAAGAAUGUGAGCGAAGUGCUGCUUGACGAGCUCUUCUUUGCCAACGGUCUGGCUUUGAGCCCGAAUGAAGAUUUCAUUGUGGUCGCCGAGACGGGAGCUAUGCGUCUGACAAAGUAUUACCUGAAGGGCGCCAAGACUGGCCAGAGUGAAGUCUUUGUUGAGGGUCUGCCUGGCUUGCCUGAUAAUUUGACGCCCGAUGCGGACGGCAUUUGGGUGCCUAUUGUGUCCAGUGCUGACAACGAGCAUCCGCCUAGCUUCUCAAUCUUCUCGCGCUUCCCCACCAUACGCUUGUUCCUGGCCCGUAUGCUUGCGCUCUUCGAGCUGCCCUUCCGUUACAUUAACAGCGUGUACCCGAAUAAGUUCUCGCAGCGUUUUGUACACUUUGUCGGGCACGGCGAGAUGGCUAUGCUCCUGGCACCCAAGCGCACCACUGUAGUUCGCGUGGACUGGAAUGGCAAUAUUGUUGGCUCACUGCAUGGCUUUGAUAAGUCUGUUGUGGGUGUUUCACAUGUACUCGAGUUCCAGGAUCAUUUGUAUCUGGGCUCACCCUUCAAUCACUAUUUGGCCCGUGUCAAGUCCCCCAAGGCGGCCAAACAGCCCACCGUCAAAGUGCGCAAUGUGCGCGUCGAGGGAGGUCUAGAGGCGUCUGUUGGCGCACCACCAACAACUGCCAAGCCCAAGGCACAGGCAGCACCAAAGACUACCACUAGCACAACUACCACAACGCCAAAGCCACAAACUACGACAACCAGAAAAUCCACCACGACGACGACGACGACGACAACAGCCAAGCCAAAAACCACCACAGCCAAACCAGCCACAACAACAACAACAACUACGACAACAGCAACGCCCAAGACUGCAGCAAAAAAAGAGACUAGUUCAACAACAAAACCAAAAGCUAGCAGCACACCCAAACCGGAAACAACAAAGCGCACGGUGCCAAAGAAGCCAGCGCCUGUUGAGGAGCAGAUUCCCGUAGACACCAAGCCGCCGCAGAAGGAGAAACUCAAGGUGAUCAACAAGGAGGGCUCCCAUGUGGAGCUCUAAAGGGCAAUCUUUCCCUUUUAUUUUCCAGCCUAAAAAAGGAAAAACAAAAAACAAAGAUUAUGUCGUGCGUCAGAUCUUGGCCAGUUAAUUAUUUAGUAUGAAACUAGUUAGUUCAUUUAUAACUAGCUGCAAGCAAUAACUGAAAACAAAAUGAUAGCAGCUAUUUAUAUGUCUCACAACCUGCAUAUAAUUGAGUUUUUGCUAUUGGCAAUUUCAAACCCUAUUUCCAGCAACGAAACAUUCCCCUAUUUUAUAAUUUGCAUUCCAGUUAAAAUUAACAACUUGAUAGCAAAAAGAGAAGUAAAGAAAAAAUUAUGCUCACAAAAAAUUAUAAACAAUGCUCGAAAUUGUUAAG